AAUCAUUGACAGACGAUUCUGAUUUUGUCCCUCUGCCAUUGAAAAGACACGCAUCGCGUGUUUGACAGAGAAUGGAGAUUGACGGCGGUUUUGGUUUGGUGGAAGGCGACGGCGGAACCCAAUGCAUAACGCAGUUUGUUGACCAUGGCAGCAUAGAGAGUCAUAGGUAUUACCUCUCUCGCAGGACUGUUCUGGAAAUGCUAAGAGAUCGAGGCUAUGACGUGGCCGACUCAGAGCUUGCUGGGUCACUCACUCAGUUCCGAGCCGAGUUCGGCGACAAACCCGAACUCCAACGCCUCCGUAUCUCCGUCUCUCUCCGCACCAAUCCUUACAAAAAGAUGUUGGUAAUCUUCAUGGGGACAGAGGACAUAAAAAAGGCAACUAUUCGUUGUGUACUGGCUCAGAUUGUGAACAGAGAAAGUUUAAAUGGGUUAAUGCUGAUCUUGCAAAGCAAAAUGAACCAUCAUGCCCGGAAAGAGAUGGCUAAAUUCCCAUCUAAAGUUGAGAUUUUUCAAAUCACUGACUUACUGAUGAACAUAACCAAGCACGUUAUAGUGCCAAGGCAUGAGAUAUUGACUAUUCAGCAGAAGGAACAGCUUUUGAACAAGUACAAAGCUGAAGACAAGCAGUUGCCUAGGAUGCUUGAAACUGAUGCUAUUGCGCGAUACUACAGAUUGGAGAAGGGGCAGGUGGUGAAAAUUACUUACAGCGGUGGACUUGUUGAUUCACUUGACACGUACCGCUGCGUUACUUGAUACUCUUAUGUUGUACUUUUGCAGCAACAGCAUUUUACCAUCCAUUAUUGCCAAACUGUGAUUUAGAUUUCCUUGAUUAUGUGUAUUUGUCUUCAUUAAUCGGCACAAUGAUAUGCACUAUGGAAGCUAAGUUUGCAGGAUUGAGUAUCUCAAUAGUAAAAUUAGUACUUAUCUUUUUCUAA